CUAAGUUUCAGUCUGGGAAAAAUCUUGCUAGAGGUCGUAGCUAAUAAACACUGCUGAACUGAAUCUGCAUGGUCUCCUGGAGUUCCUUGGGCUAGGCCUGACAGCUUUGUUGCUUUGAGAUUCUGCAUCUCGGGAGGGCUUGGAGGACGCUGAUGCUCUGAAGCUGGAGCCCGCAGCCACAGAUUGAUCUACAGCCCAUUUGCUGGGGGAAGUGUCACCCUCAGAAGGUUUUCUCUGGCUGCUCAAAGUUGAGACAAAGCUCGUGUCAUCCACUCAGACUGAACAUGCACAUCUCUAAGAACUCGACGAAGCUGAAGGAAGGCAAUGAGAAAACGUGCUGACCAGAAUGGACAGAAGCAGCUGGACAACAAUGGACAACAGCACAGGCAAUGGACAGAAUGAGACAGAACUUCUGCCAAAUCUGGAGGUGGUCACCACUGAAUACCAAGUGGUCACUAUCUUUUUGGUUCUCCUUAUUUGUGGGUUAGGCAUUGUGGGCAACAUCAUGGUGGUAUUGGUGGUACUUAGGACAAAGCACAUGAGGACCCCUACCAAUUGUUAUCUGGUCAGCCUUGCAGUAGCUGAUCUCAUGGUCCUUGUGGCUGCUGGACUACCCAACAUUACUGAAAGCAUUUAUGGUUUCUGGGUUUAUGGCUACAUUGGAUGUCUCUGCAUUACUUACCUCCAAUACCUUGGUAUCAAUGCUUCUUCGUGCUCUAUUACUGCCUUCACCAUUGAGAGGUACAUUGCAAUUUGCCAUCCUAUCAAAGCUCAGUUUCUAUGCACUUUCUCCAGAGCCAAAAAGAUAAUCAUUUUUGUCUGGGCAUUCACCUCUAUUUAUUGUAUGCUCUGGUUUUUCUUACUGGAUCUCAACAGAGAAGUCUACAAAGAAGCCACAGUAGUGUCUUGUGGGUAUAAAGUGUCUCGGAGUUACUACUCUCCAAUCUAUAUGAUGGACUUUGGGAUAUUUUAUGUCAUGCCAAUGGUCUUAGCGACUGUCCUCUAUGGGUUAAUUGCCAGGAUUUUGUUUCUGAAUCCCAUUUCAUCUGACUCUAAAGAAAACUCAGCAACAUGGAAGAAUGAUUUUGUUCCCUCGAGCAAGACCAAAGCAGCCAACAAGAGCAUCAACAGUGCUGUGGCUUCAAGAAGGCAGGUUACCAAGAUGCUGGCUGUGGUUGUAAUCCUAUUUGCCUUUUUGUGGAUGCCCUACAGAACCUUGGUGGUCAUUAACUCCUUCCUGCCUCAACCUUUCCAAGAACAGUGGUUCCUGCUGUUCUGUAGGAUCUGCAUUUACCUUAAUAGUGCCAUCAACCCUGUUAUUUACAAUCUCAUGUCCCAAAAGUUUCGAGCAGCCUUCAAAAAACUCUGUAAGUGCCAACAGAAACAGCUGGAGAAACCUGCCAACUACAGUGUGGCCCUCAACUACAGCAUCAUCAAGGAAUCUGAACAUUUCAACACUGAACUAGAGGACAUUACUGUUACAGAAGCUUACUUGCCAUCCACAAAAGUAUCCUUUGAUGAUACCUGUGUGACCUCUGAGAUGAUAUGAAGUUGAAGGAAGACACAUCUCUUACUCUACUGUUUGAUCUCAUAGAACAACCUUCCCA